CCCUCUUUGAAGAGAAUAAUCUGUUGGGCAGUGGUGAUUCGGCAAGAGAACUCUUUAAAGGAAUUCGUCGUCUCUCAGCUCUGAGGACCCUUCAGUUGGAGCCGUUGACUUCGUUCACCGGCCUUCCUUUAAUCAAAGAAUCUUCCCUGGUAUUGAGGUCAGGCUGAUAGGUCUGUAGUUUCCUUCAUAAGUGAAUUUCUUUCCUUCAUGAAUUUUCUGAAUUUCCAAUGAAUUUCCUUCAUUUCUUCGUGUAACUGAAAACAUUACAUUUAAAAGGAACAACAAUGUUAUAUGCAGAGAAAGAUUUAAAUGAACUUCUUAUCUGUAAAGAACAAGAACUGAAAGAAUUACAAGCUCGGCAGAUCCAUUUUCAGGAAACUACACUGCAAGAAACCAGAAAACAACUUCAAGAAAUGCACAGGAAAUAUAACAGUUUAAAAGAAGAUUUCACUUAUAACCUUAAAAUCCUAGAGGAGAGAGAUAGAGAGUUGGAGCACUAUGAUACCUUGUUCAUCCAGUUGAAAAUGGUUGAAAAUGCAAACCAAGCAGAGGUUAGUGAUCUUAGAAUACAGGUGGAUAAACUACAGCAAGCACUUGCUCAGGAAACAAAAAAACAAGAAGCUCUCAAAGAUCAAUAUCAGCAGAAAUUGAAAGAACACCAAAUAGCCUUGGAACAGCUUCACAGUUCCAAAGAUUCUGACAUCAGCCAUUAUCAUGAGGAAUAUGAAAAUAUGAAAGAACAAUUGGAGAGAAAGCUCCAGGAAGUCGAAGGUGAACUUGCUUUGCAAAGACAGGAGCUUCUUGUAGAAAUUGACACAGAAAUAAAAAAGAGAGAGCAUGAAUUUCGACAGAAAGCAGAUGAAAUGAGCAAUUUAGUUCUGUCCCAUGAGCUUAAGGUGAAAUUGUUGACCAAAGAAUUAGAGGCUUUGAAAGAAGCUGGAAUGAAAGCAGCAGACUCACUGAAAGUGGCAGAAGCAGCUAAUUUGGAGCUUGAAAAACAAGUUAGAUGCAAAGAUUGGGAAAUAAAAGAUAUUACAGCCGUAAAAGAUGCUCAAAUACAGGAUUUAGAAAGUAAACUUGCUUCAGUGCAGCUCGGCUGGGAAAAAGAAAAAGAAACAUUUGAGAGAAAGCAUGCUACAAUAGAUCACUUUGCCAGAGAAAAGGAGGCAGUGAUUGCUUCAAUGAAACAAGCCCAUGUUGAACAAACACACAGAUGGAAAAAUCAAAUCCAAAAACUACAGACAAAUAAGGAAACUUUGGAAAUGAAAUUAGAUCAGGCUGAGUAUAGGUUUAUAGGCCAGUUGAGAGAGAAAGAGACUAUCAUUGAAAAACUUGAACAUGAACUAGAAGAACUGAAAACAAACUGGGAUUUUCAAAUAGCUCGGAUAUCCAAGGAGACCGUUUCAAAGAAUUUAAAGAUUCAAGCACAGCAAGAAGAAGUAGUAAAGCUGAAAGCAGAGAUGGUUGCCUUAAAUCAAGAUAUUGAAAGAUAUAAGCAACAGUUCUUACUUGCAAUAGAGAAAGAAGAGAGUUUGGAAAGAGCUAAAGUGCAAGCAGAGCUGGAAUGGCAGCAGCGAUGUGAGAAUGCUGAAAGGAAUCAAUAUCACAAAUCAGAGGCUCUGAUACAGAACCUGUCAACAGCUAGGGACCAGGCUACUGCUGCACUAAAAGAAAAGGAAGAAAAAUUGCAUGGAUUAGAAGUACUGUUGUCUACUAUAACCCUUGAAAGAGACCAGGCUUGUCAGCAACUUCACUUGCUUAAAGAGAAACAGGGUUCUAUAGGAGUUUCUGAACAUUUUCCUCCUGCUGAUAUCCAGACAUUACAGCAGCAGAACAAUAUCUUGAGGUCUGUUAUUGCAGAAAUGAGAAAAGAAAUGGAGACCCUUAAUAAUCAGGCAGCUUCCUUUGACGACAUCAAAAUGAAAAUACAAAACACAGACCAUAAGCAGUCCCUGGAAGAGGAGAUCAGAAGAUUGGGGGGGGAAAGCGAGGCAAUAGACAAACAGAAAGAAAAUGCAACAGAAGCUCCAAGAAAAGUACUUGUGCCUUCUCUUAAUGUAACUAGAUGUAAUAAAGCUACUCAGACUUUCCAUCCAGACUACUUUGUCAGUGGGAAUGAUGGUACAUUGCACCAUAGUAAAGUUGCUGCUAUAAAGUUUCUGGGGAAAAAUGAAACUGAACAUUCAAGAAUAGGGAAUCUACUGGUAAAAUGGCUCCAGGAGGAUUCUGUUCAUCCCAAGCAACAGUUACUUAGUAUGGGUGCAGGUGACGGACCUCAUCAACAUUUUAGAAACAAUGGAAAAGUGAUUCAAGCCAGACUGAAAGGAGCUGCAAAAAAGAUCUGUUUUCUGAGCAGAGAGAAACAGCAGCUACUGGAGAUGGUAAAUAGACUAAGAACAGAACUUGGAGAAGCUUCAAAGGAAGGAUUUCAGGAUUGCAACGAUUCAAAAAACCCUCAAAAUGACACAUUCCCUGGUGCCCCUUAUCCCAAAGAACUUGUACAAGAAGCAAAGCAGCAUUUUCUAGCUUUAGAACAUUUGCAAUGCCAUCUUACAAAACAGAUUGGCUCAGACUCAUGUACAAGAAACUGCAGUGCAGAUCCCUCAAUAUCUAAAGCCCCUGUGCUACAGCAGCCCCAACAACUCAGGAGAGAAAGUCCAAGCCUAUCCCAGCAAAGUUUGUUAUCAUCUAGUGCGCCUAGUUCCUUGGAGGAAAUUUGGCAAAUGUUAGAGAUGGGAUCAAGUCCUUCAGUUCUCAGCCCCAAAAACAUUGAUCAAGAAAAAUGCCAGAUUAUCAAUGAACCCAAAAGAAUUGAAGAAUCUCCAAGAAAAGCACAAGUAGAUCCACUGACUGUCAAGGGGACAAAGUUUGAUGUUCAAUCAAGGCUAAAACCAAAAAAAUCACCUUAUAUUCAAUCCAACAAACCCCAAAAAUUUCAACGAAUAACUAAAAUCCGCAAUUACAAUAUAAAGGACUGAGAUUUCACUAAACUAUUAAAUUUUCUUUGUAAAGUAUGCUGAGAUUCUUUGUUUUUAUUAAGAUAUAAAAUAGUUUAAAUAUUAGUCUGUCAGCUGCAUUGAUAUCACUAAUCUCAUAUUAUUCAAUAUCAAACAUGCUCUUUU